UGGGAUGUUGGGACACACAGCAGAGGCCGGAGCCACUGACAAACUCCUCCUGGUUUAAUGCCUCCAAACAGGCUACUGCUUCCCAAAAUGAGACUCUGGGGGCUUCUGCCACUCCUGGUCCCCUUCAUGUUCCUGUGGAGCAUCCAGGAACCUAAGCUGGCAGAAGCAUUCCUUGUCAGAACAUGUCCAAAGUAUAAUAAAAUAAAGUGUGACUUUGAAGAAAGAGACCAGUGUUCACGACACAGAGAGUGCCCAGGGGAGGAGAGGUGCUGCCUGUUCGCCUGUGGGAAGAAAUGCCUGGACCUCAGCGAAGAUGUAUGCAGUCUGCCCCAGGACCCAGGUCCCUGCUUGGCCUACCUUCCACGCUGGUGGUAUAACGAAGACACCAGGCUUUGUACCGAGUUCAUCUAUGGUGGUUGCCAAGGGAACCCUAACAACUUCGAAUCUAAAGCUGUCUGUACAUCCAUUUGCAUAAACAAACGCCAAAUGUCUUCCUGGAUAUGAUAAGGAGGAGCUG